GACGUAAGGGGAGAAGAAAGGGAAAUGAGCAAAAAAAUAACAGUGAAAAAUGAAGUGACGGGUAGAGAACAUGAGGGGUAUAGACAUAUUAGAAAAAGAAGAGAUCAUGGAAUAAAGUGAAAACAAAAUUACCCUGAUAUUUUUGCCUAUGACUAUACUUAUGAAUCGAAGAGAAACUUCCGCUCUUGGUCAAUUUGAGCGUAGACGCUAUUUGGAUUUCUCCAGUCUAUCCGAGUAGAAUGAUCGAUUUUGGAUACGACAUUUCAGACUUCAGGGGCGUUGACCCAAUAUUCGGAACCAUGCAGGACUUCGAAAGUCUCGUAAAAACAGUCCAAAAGCUGUCGCUCAAAGUCAUCAUGGACUAUGUACCCAACCACACUUCGGACCAGCACGAAUGGUUCCAGAAGAGUUUAAAAAAUAUAGCGCCCUACAAUGACUAUUACGUAUGGCAUCCUGGAAAGAAGCUCGAUAACGGCACCGUGAAAGAACCAAACAAUUGGCUCAGUGUAUUCGGUGGUCCCGCAUGGACAUGGCGAGACGAAAGACAGGCUUAUUAUUUGCAUCAAUUUGAUACGUCCCAACCGGAUCUGAAUUUCUACAACGAGGCACUCGUGCAGGAAAUGAAGGACGUUCUUGUAUUCAUGUUGGACAAGGGAGUCAAUGGGUUCAGGGUCGACGCAAUACCUCAUCUCUUUGAGAACACCAGUUACCUGGACGAGCCGCUCAGUGGCAAUACAGACGAUCCGGAAAAUUAUGGUUACACCGAUCACAUCUACACGACCGAUCAACACGAGACUUACGAAAUGGUUAAACAGUGGCGUGACGUCAUUGACGCCUAUGACGCUGCUAAUGGGGUAACUCCCGUCAUAAUGACCGAGGUUUACACGAGCACGGAACUCACCAUGAAGUAUUACGAUUACGAAGCUCAUUUUCCAUUCAACUUUUGGUUCAUCGAGGAUCUGAAUGAAAAUUCGAGCGCUGCCGGUUAUAAGAAUAUCAUUGACACAUGGGUGAAUAAUAUGCCGUCAGGUGGCACUGCGAACUGGGUGGUCCAGGCUGGUUUCACGUUACGGCGAAAGCCUGGCCCAGGCUAUUAGCAUUAUGCUCCUGCUGCUUUCGGGAGUCAGCGUGGCCUAUAACGGCGAAGAGAUCGGUAUGGAGGACACGUGGAUAUCGUACGAAG